GCAUCUCUGCUUAAAACAUGCACCUGCAAUCUCGGUUUCAAAGUUCACUUUUCUUUUUUGAAUAAAUAUUAUUGUUUCCAUUUGGUUGUAAGAAAACCUUUUAGAUAAGAUAAUUGAAGUAUUGUUCAAUCAGAAGAACUUUGAGUCUAUAUUAUAUACUAUAGUUCUUUUCGUGAAAAUUUUGGUUACUUUGGGUAUAUAAAAUUUAAUUGCUUAAAUACACCAUGAACAAUUAUAUUUCCGUUCUUCACAAAUCAAUCAGAAUGAUUUCAGGCCAACAUUCCACGAUUAUGAAUACUCCAGCUCGCACACUCUGUUCGGCUUCGCCCAAUAACAAUUUUGAAACUCUCAAGUUGUCCAGACCUGAGUCGUUCGUGACUCAUGUAGAGUUUAAUCGACCGAAACAGCUCAACGCAUUCAAUAAGCGCAUGUGGAUCGAGCUGGGUGAAUGUUUCAGUCAACUGCACAACGAUCCCGAUUGCCGAGCGAUUGUCCUAUCGGGAGGAAGCUCGAAGCAUUUCACGGCCGGUAUUGAUCUGAUGGAUAUGAUGCAAUUAGGUCAGCAGCUGUCUGAGAUUGAAGACACCGGUCGCAAAGCACGCUUAUUCGAAGGACUAAUUAAGUUAUACCAAGAUUCGAUAAGCUCAUUGGAACGGUGCUAUAAACCAGUAAUCGUUACUGUUCACGCUGCAUGUGUUGGUGCUGGAGUGGAUCUGAUAACGGCCGCGGACAUACGACUGUGCACCAAGGAUGCCUGGUUCCAAGUGAAGGAAGUCGAUAUCGGAAUGGCUGCAGAUGUCGGAACUCUACAGAGGUUGCCGAAAGUGAUCGGAAGUCAAAGUUUAGCACGUGAACUUUGUUUAACCGCAAGAAAAUUCCAAUCUGAUGAAGCAUUAAGUUGUGGUCUCGUUUCAAAUGUGUUCCAAUCACGAGAAGAAAUGAUCGAAAAAGCUAUUCAACUGGCUUCAGAAAUUGCUCAAAAAAGUCCCAUUGCUGUUCAAGGAACGAAAAAGAAUAUGGUCUAUUCGUUAGAUCAUACUAACCAAGAAGGGUUGGAUCAUAUUCGAGAAAUGAAUAUGAAUAAUUUGCAAAGUGAGGAUUUCAUCAAUGCAGUUAUGGCACAGCAGAGCAAAGGCGACAAACCCGUGUUUGCUAAACUGUAAUGAUUAGGUGGUUGAUGAUUUUGAUAGAUUUAUAAAAGUUUCUUUAUUGAACAUACAAAUAAAUAUCUUAUUUUCUUAA